GUUGCACGUAUACAUCUUAGCUUUAAUGCGACGAUCAAAGGAGAGAAUGGCGCAACAAAGGAACCCCUCGCCUGCAACAUAUAGGGACGAGCAUCAUGUGUUGCGCAUCAGUUGUUUGCAGACUUCCAGACUGCUCACUGUUGAUUGAAGAGCUGCACAACACAGUGUGAAAGUCAACAGUUUCCAACUUGCGCCGUCCAGUUUAUGGCCAACAUGGAAGAGAGUAAGCUCAUCCUAAACGUUGACGAGGAGGGUCCCUUUGCGGUCUUCUCCAAAGACAAACCCCCGGAAAGCCUCCUCCUGCCUCAAUCGACAUCCUUUGACUCUUCGGCUGUUGGGUCAGCAUCCUCCGCCGGUGCUGUUCCCCCCACCAACAUGGCUGAUUCCUCCUCCGCCAGUGCUGGUCCCCCCACCAAUAUGGCUGAUUCCUCCUCCGUUAGUGCUGUUCCCCCCACCAAUAUGGCUGAUUCCUCCUCCGUUAGUGCUGUUCCCCCCACCAAUAUGGCUGAUUCCUCCUCCGCCAGUGCUGUUCCCCCCACCAAUAUGGCUGAUUCCUCCUCCGCCAGUGCUGUUCCCCCCACCAACAUGGCUGAUUCCUCCUCCGCUGACCCGAUGCCACAGGAGGGCAGCUCUCCAAGCACAGUUAAGCCAGACCCCAAAGUUGUUCUGCAUCCACAGAAGCAGCCAAGAAUACCACCGCCUGACACUGGCAGGGAAACACACCCUUUUGCAAACACCAUAGAGGACCAAUGGAAGGAGAACUUCAGUGUCUGGACGGAGUAUCAGCGCAAGAUGGCAGAAGAAAGCUCCCGGAGUUCCUCCAUUUCUGUUGUGGAAGACUCACAAUCCCACCAAGGAGAAGGGAGGGCAAACGCGGACUUAAAGUGCCUGGGAGGUGGUGGAGGUGUGCGUGGUGGUACUCGCUUGAGAAGACGCCAACAGGGCUCCCUUUUGGAUGGCCGGCCCCACAGCAGGGACACCUACUUGGAGGUCCACACCUACGGAGACAAGAUCAAAGUGGUGAUUCUCCCCAACGGCUCUCCGGUGAAAAGACGCAGAGUUUUUCACCGCCAACUUGGAGACUCGUCCCCCAGCGUACCCAAUCCCAUCCGCUGGCUCGGCAUGAUCAGCCUGGUGGCUUAUGGCUUCUAUGUGAUCCCCGUGCCCGCCAACGUGACUGCGGUCAUCGGGGUGGCGUUUGGUCUCGUAUUGGUCUUCGUGCUGCUGUGUUUCCUUCCUACACCAUGGCCCACUCACAGGGGGAAGUCACAGUACAGCAUGCACAGAAGAAGGUAUUCACUGGACGAGAACACCGAUGCAGAAACCCUUCAGGGCUGGAUGAAUAUAACACACGACUACAACCCAGAGAUGUUCCAGUCGACUGAAACACACCCCGUCUACGUGAAGCUGGAAAGCAGCGAGCUGAACGUGUCUUACUCAAAAACCUUUGUGGGGGUGCCCAAUGAGAGGGAAAUCUUGCAUUCACACACUUACCAAAUGGCCAACUCUAAGGUCACCCUUGAACCAGCAGGCUUGGCUCGAAAAAGGUUCUGGAACAAAAAGUACCCCAUCCGCAUAACCAUAUCAGAAGGAAAGGCCGAGGAGGAGAGUGUGACGGCAGGACAGGAAGUGGAAGAAGGGGCAAAGAGAAACCCGCUUCCUGUAGAUCUAUAUCUGUUUGCCAACACGGGGCGGGAGAAAGAAGAGUGGUUCCAGCACUUCCAGUCUGCUUCCACAAUGAAAGAUGGAGAGGACAGCAAGAUUUCAGACACGUCACAAGGAGAUGCUGCCAAAGAAAGCCCAGAGGAGCUUCAGAAACUUCCAGUGCCGCUAAAAGCUGCGACGAGAAAGCAGCUGGACUACAGAGCCUACAUGACGCAGCUUGUUGGAGAGGGUUCUAAUCCCGCACCCGACCCCGGCCUUGGCGGCAAAGGAAACCCGACGGCUGACCAAAAGGGCUGGAUGAAAGUAACCCAUGACUACAACUCGGAGACGUUCCAGCUGUGUGAUGCCCAACACGUACAUGCCAGGCUGGACAGCAGCGAGCUGUGCUUGUCAUACCCACAAACAUCUGAUGGGCUACCCCAUGACAGCAAACUCUUGCAUUCCCAUGCUUACCAGCUGGCCAACUGUGAGGUCACACUUGAGCCUACAGAUUUGGCUCAGAAGAAGGUCUGGAACAAAAAGUACCCCAUCCGCAUAACCCUAGCAGAAGGAAAGACCGAGGAGGAGAGUGUGACGGCAGGACAGGAGGUGGAAGAAGGGGCAAAGAGAAACCCGCUUCCUGUCAAUCUAUAUCUGUUUGCCAACACGGGGCGGGAGAAAGAGGAGUGGUUCCAGCACUUCCAAUCUGCUUCCGCAAUGAAAGCCAAAAGAUGUGAAGGUGUGGAGGAAAAGCAUAUUUCAGGCACUUCACAAGGAGAUGCUGCUAAAGAAAGCACGGAGGAGCUUCAGAAGCUUCCGGAAUCUGCCGUGAGAAAGCCGCCGGACUACAGCGCUCCUACGACACAACUCGCUGGCUCGGAGAGUGACGAAAAGAGAAACCCCACAGCUGACCAGGCUGUAUAUGAAGCACAGUCAAGUGCAGAUUCCGGGCCAUGGACAUAUCCGGCACCGGAGGUUCAACCUGCAUGGUUGAACUCCCUGAUAGGCAGGAUCUUCUGGAACUUUCUCCAGGAUUUUUACUGGACCGAUCUGGUGGCCCAGAAGUUCCAGAAGAAACUCAGCCAGAUCAAGUUACCGUAUUUCAUGAAUGAGUUGGCGCUGGUUGACCUGGACAUGGGCGCCUGCCUUCCGCAGAUCCUCAGCAUCUCAAAACCUACACUGGACCGCAGAGGUCUGUGGCUGGAGGUGGAGCUUAGGUACACCGGCUGCUUCCAAAUGACUCUGCAAACUAAGAUGAACCUAUGUAAGCUGGGUAAAGAGGAGCCGGAAGAGUCUCAGAACAUCCUACGGGCCCAACAAGAAGGUGGCUCAAGCUCAAAGCCCAGAAUGUCAACACUGGCUGAUAGUGAUGAAGAGUCAUCCAGUCUGACCUCAUCUGACGAAGAGGACGCCUCUGACAGAAGCCCAGUGGGUGCAGAAGACGUAAACCCCGGUUGGAACGCCAGCAGGAAGAUCCUGAAAUUCAUGGACAAAAUUGCAAAGUCCAGAUAUUUCCAGAAGGCCACAGAGAACGAGUACAUCCGUAAGAAGAUAGCCCAGGUGUCCAACGUGCCUUUGAUGCUCAGCGUUGAGGUUUUGGAACUCUCCGGAACUCUUGCAAUCAACAUCCCACCACCUCCUACAGACAGAAUAUGGUACAGUUUCCAGGAGCCUCCGAAAUUGGACCUCCAUGUGCGUCCGAUGUUUGGAAAGAGGGAGGUCACCUUCACUCAAGUCACAGAGUGGAUUGAGAGGAAGCUCAAGUGCGAGUUCCAGAACAUGUUUGUCAUGCCCAACAUGAAUGAUGUUUAUGUGCCCCUGAUGGCUGCUGGCCCGGACAACCCACCGGCAGCCAAACGGUCUUCAAGCACCUCGCGUCAAUCCUCCAUGGAGCCUCAAGACUGAAGUUAGGGGGAUGUGUCUUAUUAUGAAGGCCGUAGAAGACCGGGAUGUUGCUCUCUCUAAUUUUACUUCGCUUAUUAUAAUCUUUCACUUAUAUUUGCAUGCUUUGGAGGCAAACUGGAUGGUCAAGUUAAAGUUGAUUUUCUUUCUUUUUUACAGUAUUAAUAGUUGAUAAGAGUGUGUUUAUAAUGACGACAUGGAACAUAACAGCAGAACCUCUUAACGCAGACCUGGGCAAAUUAAGUCCCGGGGGGCCACAUGCGGCCUGUUAAGCUUUUCAAUCUGGCCAGCCGGACAUUCCCAAAGAAUUUUUUUAGAUCUUUUAAGAUGUAAAGUGUAGCUGCCAUUAUGAUGUGCAGUCAUGUUUUCUAAUGACCGCAAGUCUUCAACUAUACUAAGUCUUUCAAUGCUUGGAAUCUGCUCUUAUGGAUGAUGUACCAGUUACUAUGGUCAUCUAAUUAGUUACUAUGGUCAUCUAAUAUGCUCAUCUAAUUAGUUACUAUGGUCAUCGAAUUAGUUACUAUGGUCAUCGAAUUAGUUACUAUGCUCAUCUAAUAUGCUCAUCUAAUUAGUUACUAUGGUCAUCUAAUUAGUUACUAUGGUCAUCGAAUUAGUUACUAUGCUCAUCGAAUUAGUUACUAUGCUCAUCGAAUUAGUUACUAUGCUCAUCUAAUUAGUUACUAUGGUCAUCGAAUUAGUUACUAUGGUCAUCGAAUUAGUUACUACGGUCAUCGAAUUAGUUACUAUGGUCAUCUAAUUUGUUACUAUGGUCAUCUAAUUAGUUACUAUGCUCAUGGAAUUAGUUACUAUGCUCAUCUAAUUAGUUACUAUGCUCAUCAAAUUAGUUACUAUGGUCAUCAAAUUAGUUACUAUGGUCAUCGAAUUAGUUACUAUGCUCAUUGAAUUAGUUACUAUGGUCAUCGAAUUAGUUACUAUGGUCAUCUAAUUAGUUACUAUGGUCAUCUAAUUAGUUACUAUGGUCAUCUACGUCACAGCAGCUCAGACGAGUCACCAAGCAGUGUGGGCGGGAAGCGUUUCCACAGACGCGGAAGGAGAUUUUCACGACAAAGUUCUAAAGCUUAGUGAUAUAUCACAUAUAUCAGAUUGUAGGUGGGUUUAUUUUGUACCCUUCGCGUUCAUAUUUCACUGUUUGUUGCAUUUUUGUUGCGUUUCCCUUGAUUGUAAAAUAUGUCGAUCGAAAGGGGGUGUGGCGUUCAUAUGCUGUCAAUAUUCAGUGUUUUAUCCUUCAUAGAAACAUUUAAAAUUCCAUUACGUUUUUUUAAGGCGGUCUGUCAUAAAGUUUUUAGCAUUCAAUCAGACAUUAUUGUGAGGUUUUGUAUUAGUGUUCCUAAAAAUAGAUAUACCGGCCCCCAGACACAUUUUUUUCCUCUAAAUGUGACCCCCGAGUCAAAAUAAUUGCCCAGGCCUGCUCUAAUGGGAUAGUCACUUCUUGUCUAGGGAUGCAACGAUUAACCGGUUUUACUAUUAACCGUGAUAAAAAGGUCACGGUUAUUUGAGCGCAAAGGCUCCAGAAUUUUUUUUUCUUAAGUAAAACCUGCACAAAUGGCUCUUAUACGCACUUGGCGAGAGAAGUAGUGUGCUAUACAUUAGCUUAAAAAUGGCAGCAGGAAAAAGGAGCGAACUGCUCCCACCAAAAGAAAACCUGAAAGUAGCAGUGUGGGAACAUUUUUUAAAAAAGUAACCAGGGAGUCAUUGAAGACAAUCAUUCAUUUGCAAAAACCCGCCAAAAGAAAGUUGCAGCUAAUACAUUAUGGGUGCAGCAUUACGCUUCAAAGUGAAAGACUUAAAAACUGUAAAAUGUUUGUCACUUAAAAGCAUUCGAAAAUGUAAUGAAACAGCUACAUAUACUCCUGUUACUUUAGGCAUUGUAAGUUAAUAAAGCAAAAAAACUAGGAAAAUAACCAAUGUUUACUUCUACUUUACUUCAGGAGUGUCUCAAAGGGCUGCACAAGCCACAACGACAUCAUCGGCUCAGAUCCCACAAUGGGAUCCAAUUAAAUGCAUUCGAGCUAUUAAUUACCCACAAGAAACACUGGGGGAUCAAUAUUAAUAUAUUAUUUUUUUAUUGAUAUUUUGUACUGUUAUUGUGAUGGCUAUAUUAGUUUACUGUUAUUUCCGACAGUAACCAAAAUUGAGAAAUGAUCAUUGUUAAUAAAUAUUAAUAAAUUAUUAUUAGGGACAGAGUCCCUUUGGGACAGAGGACCCUAUUGAAUUUCUAGCGUUUUAUUAUUAUACCGCCGUCCCUUUGAGCUGUUGACCCCCGUAACAUGCUUCAAAACUCACCAAAUUGGACACACACAAUUGCGACCUAAUCAAAAAACGAAACCCCAAAACUCAAAAUUGCGCUGCAGCGCCCCCUAGGAAGAAAACAGACAAAACUGCCUGUAAACUCCUAGUAGGAAUGUCGUAGAGACAUGAAACAAAAACCUCUAUGUGGGUCUCACUUAGACCUAUAUUUCAUACACUUGACAACCCCCAGCAAAAAUUAACAGGAAGUUUGCAAUUCCCCCUUCAAAACAAAAGUUAUCCCCUUUUUUCAAACAUUAUCUCCUCUGAGCGCGUUUGUCGGGCUUCAAAUUAGCACAGAGAUUGAACCCUUCUGAUUAAAAGUGAUGAAAGCGUUUUAAUUACUGCUCCGGUUUGGAUUUUAUGAGCCUUCAAAGUCGGUCCCGUCCAUCGCUGCUUGCAGCUUUAAAUUUUGUAUUAAUAUUUUGUACUGUUAUUAUGAUGGUUAUAUUAGUUUACUGUUAUUUCCGACAGUAACCAAAAUCUAAGAAAUGAUCAUCGUGAACCUGGGGGAUCAAUAUUAAUAAAUGUAUUAUUUUUUAUUGAUAUUUUGUACUGUUAUUAUGAUGGUUAUAUUAGCUUACUGUUAUUUCCGACCGUAAUUAAGAAAUUAUCAUUGAGAAACAACGACUAAUCGUAAUUGUACAGUCAAAAUCCUUAAUUGUUGCAUCCCUACUUUUGUCUUCUCUAUUGAUAAAGGUUACAACCGACCAUCAAGGGGUGAGAAGGUUGCCAAUGGUGGUAAACGUUCUGGUGAAUUUGCAUGGAAAGUUCAGCGUUGGAUUUUGAGGCUUACACAAAUUGUUAAUAAUAAUUAACUGGAAUUGUCUGA